GUACUUAACGUAACUAAUUUGAUGAAUUCCAAUAAAAUAAGUGAAAUUGAAAGUGUUCGCCCUCGCCCAUUGAAAAAUGAAGUUCGCCGAACAUCUCAGUGCACACAUAACGCCCGAAUGGAGGAAACAAUACAUAAGCUACGAGGAAAUGAAAGGCCUACUUUAUUUGGCGGUCGAAGAGGCGCCGUCCGCCGAGAGCGUGGAACCCGAAGUCCUGACGAGACACUUCAAAAAUUUCGAUGAGCAAUUUUUCCACUACUGCGAUAAAGAGUUAAAGAAAAUCAACACGUUCUAUUCGGAGAAGCUGGCGGAGGCGACACGAAAGUAUGCGACCUUAAGUAGCGAGUUGAACUCGACGUUAAACCUCAAGGGGAAGUUGCGCAAAGACGGCGAGCAGAGGAAGGCGGUGCCGGUCCGCAAGAUACAGGAGCUCAAGUUCGCGUUUAGCGAAUUUUAUCUCAGCCUUAUUUUAUUGCAAAACUAUCAAACGCUCAAUUUUACCGGCUUUCGGAAGAUACUUAAGAAGCACGAUAAGUUACUGUCAGUGGAUUUGGGUGCUAAGUGGCGUACGGAGAAUGUAGAGGUGUCACAUUUUCAUACAAAUAAAGAUAUCGAUAAACUUAUACAUGAUACAGAGGCAACGGUAACAAAUGAGUUGGAAUCUGGUGAUCGGCAGAAGGCCAUGAAAAGGCUUCGUGUGCCGCCUUUGGGAGAGCAGCAGUCUCCUUGGAUUACUUUUAAAGUUGGCCUGUUUUCAGGAUCUUUUAUUGUACUUUUUAUUACAGUUAUUUUAUCAGCGAUAUUCCACGAAGGAACGAGUGAGAAUUUAAAAAUUGCAUUCCGUUUGUAUAGAGGACCAUUAUUGAUAAUAGAAUUUUUGUUUUUAAUCGGCGUGAACGUGUACGGAUGGCGUUCGUCGGGAGUAAACCACGUCCUAAUCUUCGAAUUGGACCCCAGAAACCAUUUAUCCGAGCAGCACCUGAUGGAAAUGGCGGCGAUAUUCGGAGUAAUUUGGACGCUGAGCCUGUUAAGUUUUUUGUACAGUCCCAGCCUGAGCAUACCGCCUUAUUUAAAUCCGUUGGCGCUUUCGAUUUUAAUGCUCGUCUUUGUACUUAAUCCGUUUAAAGUAUUCCGGCAUGAGGCCCGGUUCUGGUUCUUAAGGAUAUGUGGUCGUAUGUUUGCCGCCCCUUUCUUUCAUGUGGGCUUUGCCGAUUUCUGGCUGGCUGAUCAACUGAAUAGCUUGGCAAAUGCGCUAGUCGAUUUUCAUUUUUUGGUCUGUUUCUACGUCACCAACGGUAAUUGGCUGGAAGCAAAUGAUACAAGUCAAUGCAUGGAGCACAAUUUCAUAACUCGUCCCAUUGUGAACUGCAUUCCGGCGUGGAUACGUUUCGCUCAGUGCUUGCGACGUUACCGCGAUACAAAGGAGGCGUUUCCCCAUCUCGUUAACGCCGGAAAGUACGCCACCACGUUCUUCGUGGUUAUUUUCGGGACACUCAGAUCUGUAUACCAGUCGAAUUACGCAUCGUCCGCCGAUAAUCCGUUUUUAUUUUUAUUUAUCGCAUCCUGCAUCCUUAACUCAUGUUACGCGUACACUUGGGACAUCAAAAUGGAUUGGGGAUUAUUCGAUAAAGGUGCCGGAGAAAACAAGCUUUUGAGGGAGGAAAUCGUUUAUUCGUCAACGUUCUUUUACUACUUCGCGAUCAUCGAAGACUUUGUCCUUCGAUUCGUAUGGGCGCUAUCGCUGUAUUUAACCGAAAUGCAAUACGUCAGUUCCGACCUGAUGACAUCAAUAUUGUCGCCGCUCGAGGUCUUUCGUCGCUUCGUAUGGAACUUCUUCCGAUUGGAAAACGAGCACCUAAACAAUUGCGGUAAAUUCAGAGCGGUACGCGACAUAUCGGUCGCCCCUCUCGAUUCGUCCGAUCAAAUUCAAAUAAUACGGAUGAUGGACGAAGACGACGGCGUGAUAAAUAGGGGGAAGAGGAAGCAGUUCAAGAGGAAGGAGGAUAAGAAGAUAUUAAUAUACGAAGAUAGCCUUAUGACUUUGCAAUCGCCGAAAAGUUCGGGUAGUCCGAUCUCACUUAUACACGUUUGAAAUGCAAUUAGAAGUGGACUGAUUAAAUUUUAUUUCAUUUUAUCCGUUUUUUUUUUAAGAAGGCAACACUGUCUUACCAGGUUAUUACCAAUUCUGCCAUUGAUUAGGCACACUGUGAGGAUGUAGCAAUAGCCCAACAUUAUUUACAUAAUUUGUUAUUACCAAUCGUAAAUAUUGUUGUAAUAUUAACAUUUUUUAUUGAAUUAAUGUACUUUAAUUGUUGUAUUAGCAUAUAUGAAAGUAGAAAUUAGUCAUUUUUUUAUCCAGUGUCGUCAAGUUUGAAGUUGAGCCACAAAGAAGAAAAAGUUCCUCAGUUCAAUUUCCCAAAAUUUUAGCAGUUUGUGUUAGCUAUCAGAGAAUUUUGAGUUCAGAUGCUUACUCCACAGAUAAAAUUCCCAUUUAUCUGUGCUUACUCCAAGUGGCCUAUGGAACUACGUUUAAUUAUUUACUUAUAGUUUUAAUUUUUGUGCCUUUGUGUAUUAUUGUAGGCGUUACGCAAGGUAAUAGCAAAUAGGGAAGUGUCUGAUUAGAAAUCGCGACUAUUUUUUAUAUUUCUUCUCUAUUUAACUGUUACUCAUUUUCCACUUGAUAUCUUAUGAUGAUAGUUCUGUGAUAGUUUAUACAAUUCUCCAUUUUAUCAAUAAAUAGUAUACUUGCCGCA